CUAGCGAGAGUAGUAGUAGCUGUAUAGCGGGUCUUCACUCCUCACUUUCACUCAUUCUUUGUUUUACGUAUUUCCUCUCUCUACUGCCUUUCUUCCUACCCAAGUUUCUUCCUCUCUCUUUCUUGUUAUUCCAAUUUCCAAAACCACAUUUUCACGCUAAAUCUCCGCAUCACUUAGUAGAACGAAGAUAUACCCUUCACGAGUGAGAUUAACUGCUUUCUUGAUUUCUUUAGCUGCAUUGUUGUGUAGUGAGUAUCCACGUCUUUUCGCUUCGGCAACCUCCGCUAGCUAGGUUCUUUCUUUCUCUAAUCUCUAGAAGGAAAAAGAAAACAGAUUUCAAUUUUUUGAGUCAAUGACUCGUUGACGUUGGCCGAAUAUUUUCCCCAAAAAUGAGCGAAGAAAGUGGGACUGCGGUAUUCUCGGCGUCUUCUCCCUUUGAAAGGCGCUCGAAAAUUUCAUAUUCAAGAGAGUUUCUUCUCUCCUUGGCCAAAGCAGAUGGUACGGUAAAAUUGCCAAGGGAGGUUAAGCUCUCAUCUCCAUGUUUUUUAGACGAUGCAUCGGGUCUUCUAUCGCCGCCUUUCUGUGUUCCUGUUACUCUGAACAUUCUGGAUAAAGCUAAUCAUCUACUGCAUCGGAAUAAUGAACCCUAUCGGCCUCCUUGCACCUACAAGGCAUUCCCUCCUUCAAGUAGCGAUGGUAAGGACUUGCUUAAUAGUGAUACACCCGGAUCUGCUGAGAGCACAAAUCAAGAUAAAGCAAAAGCAGAAGGCGAAAGAUGGAGAAAAGUUACAGUCAGACUGCCAAAGGAGGAAAUUUGGUAUUCAAGCAAAAACACUGAUUCUGAAGAAUAUUCAGGCACAUCUCUGGUGUCUCCAGCAACCAGACACUUGAAUGUUUCACAAAGAGCAGGUCUGAUUCAACCAUCCAACGUGCCAAAGGCUACCAAAGGUUGUUGUCUCCAGCACCACCAGGUGAGUUUGUUCCACAAGUCCAUGAACCAUAUACAUACAACUCUGAACGUUCUAUCCAUGUUGGAUGAUAGUAUGCACUUUAUGGACUUUGAAACACAUUCAAAAUUUCAGAUGGUGAAUCCACCAGGAACUCCUCUUGUCAUGGAACCGCUACAGGGAAGCAAACCAUCAAACUUCUUCAGCCAGGAGAACUGUGGGAAUAACCAAAAGAAUCAUGGUGAAGUGGAAUAUGAAACCCUUAUCCAGGAGAUGAAACUAAGUAAUAUACCAGUUUGUGUCCAUGUUUCUCCACCAGCAAUCGAAAUAUGUGAUCUCUCAGAGUCGGACACUUCUACUACUUCUCCUGUAGAAGGUGACAAACAGUCAAGUUCUUACAGCAGCAGCAUAGAUGGAAGAUCAAAUUCUAGCUUUGAACUUUGUUUGCCUGAUGAGGAGAGUUUGAUUUGCUUUGAUGGACCAUUCUUGAUGUCUGAUGUGGAAAAAUUGACAAUGGUUGAUGAUUCAAUGUCUAGUAGCGCCCCAAGCUCACCUCGCGAUAUGAUUGAGAAGCUAGUAGAAUCUUUACUCAAUGAUGAAAGCUGUCCUGCACCACAUCUGAACGAUCCUAUAGUGCAUCAUGGAGCUGGAUUGGAAGGCUAUGGUUAUCUUCCGCAUGCACAGCAUUCUUACACGGAGUUCUGUUCCAAUCAACUGAAUCUGCAAAGGGAUGAACAAACGCAUGGUAGUUUCCAGAAAAACUCCAUCUAUUCAGCAAUGUUGUCUUCUGCAGCAUCUCACUCUCUCCCAUUCAGCACAGCUUGUCAACCCUUUGCUCUUUCUCACGAUGAGCUGAGAAGAGUUCAUGAUCAGCUGAAAAGGGCUGAUAAUCGAAUUGAUCAAUCAAAGCUCCAGCAGAAGAUAAAUACAGGAAACGUCAACUCAGCACCUAAAGUGUAUCACAUGUUGCAAUGACACCACUUCACAACCUGAACUCAAUGCAGAGCUGUACCUUGGGGAGUUUUUUGUAGGAAGUUAUGAUGAUUUCAUUUGCUGAUUUUUUUUUUCCAUUCAUUGUUAGAUUCUCAUAGUGAUAGCAACAUCAAUCAUGAAUUUGCACGCAAGGCAGUGGCACCCAUACUUCGAAUUUCGUGAAGGACAAGUAGCCAGAUAUGUUGUCCAAACUGGAACGAAAAGGACAAUUGUCCGCUUGAAUGUUUCAUAUUUUUCAGUCAAAUACUAAUAAUUGCGAAAUGUAUAUACAGUAGCUAGCAUCAGAAGUAGUUUACGCAAUAAAUGGGUACACGUAUAUUCAGCUGCUUGAAAUACCGUAUUACAUCAAAGGAAUGUUUAGUAGUGAUCACAGAUAAUGGUACAGCAGCUAAAGAGUAAAGUGGUAACUUUAGCAGAACUAUGCAGUUGCCUUUCAUCAAACUUGGCAUUCUGUUUGAUUUGAUCACCAGUCAGGAUAAGAUAUAGUUCGAUUGAAGUUUUUGAAAAGUCGACACUUAAAAUUUUGGUUUUAUUCCUUGAUUUGG